CAUACCGCAUCAUGUCACGACGCCCCAGGGACCUGGACGACGAUGUCGGGCAAACCGUCAAGAGGCUCUGCUUAGCAAAAGAUCGAGCCAUCGAACGCAUUAAGCGGUUCACAAGAGCACAACUCAGAAAUCCGGAACCGCGCUGACCCAAGUCUAGCCUGCGUAGCCUUGAAGAUCAAAUAGUGCGCUUACAGCAAGAGGCUUCCUUCGAGGCUGCCGACCUCAGGCGCUUUUGCGUUGGUGACGUCAAUCGCGCGAUCACCGAGCAUUCCCGAGCGGAAAUAUUUCGACUACUCCAGCGGAUCAAGUCGAAGCUACCCCUGGAAUUACUGUACAUUGUCUUUAAGCAUAUGUGGAACAGCGAGGAGCUUGGCGAGUUCUCGGAUGUGGAUCGCUUCAUUCGCGCAAGGUGUCCUCCUAGGGUUGAGGGUCCCUGCCAGUGCUCACGGGACGUGGUCAUUCCCUAUUAUCUGGAUCCACUCUACAUGGGCCUGGAGGAUGCCACCAACUGCGCGAAGAUUCUAUGUGAAAAUAUCAACGUCCAUCUGAAAAGAGCCGAUAACGUUCAGCACCUGAUACACGGCGAUCUAUUUCACACUGGCUUUAAGUUUUCGAGCAGUAUUCGCGCCUUGACGCUGAAGUUCAGCGUUGAUCGGUGCCUUCGAAAGGACUACCAGAUUGGUGAACGGACAACAGCCUGGAUGAGAGCCAGUCAAGUCAAGACUAUGCUCGAGCUUGAGGAGCCGGAACGCCUGAGUCGCUGGCUGCGUACCUAUUAUGAGGAGGACCUUAAUGGCGAAGUGACCGUUGAUAUCGCUCUACAGCGCUUAUCAGCGAGAUUUUGAACGCCUACUCGAUCCCAAACAGCACGACCCGCUUCUAUUUGGCGAGAACAUCUUGGCGCAAAUUUCGAAGGUCUUCAGCUGCGCUACGUCAUUGGUCGUAUUUCGUAGGUUAGGGCCGGUAGAGAUUGUUCAAGGCAUUCGGGAGAGGGAAGACAGUGUUGCUCUACGCUACUCUUGGAUCGACGCCGUGCUGUACAACACCCUCACAUGUCUCCUGGACAUAGAGAAGAAGGGGAAAUUCGUACUCGAGAUCGAAAUUAC